UAAUGAACGCACUAUUGCCACUACACGUGUAUAUUAUAUUUGGCAACACCGAGUAAAUUUCGAUCUUUCUACGGUGCUCUCUAGGAGUGAUUGGUUGUUCCUCCUUAGCUUAGAAAAAAAAUCUGAAUAAUCUUCCAAAAUGAGAAUCUACAAAGAUAUUUUCACCGGAGAUGAAAUGUUCUCAGAUACAUAUAAAAUAAAGUUGGUGGACGAAGUUCUUUAUGAAGUUUAUGGAAAAUUAAUCCAACGCAAGGAAGGAGACAUUCACAUUGAUGGGGCAAACCCUUCAGCAGAAGAAGCUGACGAGGGCACCGACGAGACUGUCUCAUCCGGGGUUGAUAUCGUUUUGAACCAUAGAUUGUGUGAAUCCUUUGCUUUUGGAGAUAAGAAAUCUUAUACUUCAUAUCUUAAAGACUACAUGAAAAAACUGGUUGCCAAACUAGAAGAAACGGCUCCUGAACAAGUAGAUGUAUUCAAAACAAAUAUGAACAAAGUUAUGAAGGACAUCUUAGGCAGGUUUAAGGAACUGCAGUUCUUCACAGGCGAAUCUAUGGAAAUCGAAGGAAUGGUCGGACUCAUGGAAUAUAGGGAAAUCAACGGCGAUUCUGUUCCAGUCAUGAUGUUUUUCAAACAUGGACUGGAAGAGGAGAAAUUUUAGUGAUAUUUUUAAUAAAUUAUUCACCCUUGUUAUUUAAUUUAUACUCGUAUCGCCUUUUAAAUUGAGAUUUUCUUUGCAUUAUUGCGAAAUUAAAUUUUACAGAAUUGUACCUUGUUCCACGUACUCCGUUCGAAUGAGUGAAUGUUUAUAUAUCUACGAAAUUAAACUGUAAUUUUCCUAUAAAUAA